CUGUGGACUAUUUGUAAUCAUGGGAUUCUUAAAAUGGAUUUUCUGCAUGCAUUUGGCGCUAUCUUCAACUGUAUUUUCCAAAAGUUUUAGACGGCAGUCAUCUGGAUCAGGAUAUGGAUCUGGAUUUGAGAGCGCACUUGCGAAUGGAUCACAGCAAUCUAGUGGAUUUGGGAAACAGCCAAACGCAUCCAACCCUUUCGGUGGGGGUGGUUUUGGACAACCAUCAGGUGGUUCCAAUUCUAUGGGUGGUAGUUUUGGAGGAUCGGGUUUCGGACAACCCACAAAUGGGUCUCCAUUAGGUGGGUCUAAUUCAAUGGGUGGAGGAUUUGGACAACAAUCUAGUGGAGGGUCCAGUUCUAUGGGUGGAGGAUCCAAUCCUAUGGGUGGUACCUUCGGGGGUGGAUUCGGACAACCCUCUAAUGGUUCUAACCCAUUUGGUGGUAGUUUCGGAGGUGGAUUUGGAAAACCCUCUAAUGGUUCUAAUCCAUUUGGUGGUAGUUUCGGAGGCGGAUUUGGAAAACCAUCUAAUGGUUCUAAUCCAUUUGGUGGAAGUUUUGGGGGCGGGUUUGGGCAACCCUCUUCCAAUGCGUCCAAUCCCAUGGGCAACGGUUUUGGACAGCCCUCUUCGGGUAAUUCUAAUCCAAUGGGCGGUAGCUUCGGGGGAGGAUUCGGUCAACCAUCGAAUGGAUCUAACCCAUUUGGCGGUAGUUUUGGAGGAGGAUUUGGAACCCCAUCAAAUGGAUCCAAUCCCUUUGGUGGUGGAUUUGGUUCGCCUUCUAAUAAAUCCAAUCCAUUUGGGGGAAAUUUUGGGUCCGGAGGGUCAAAUAACUUCGGACAAAAUUGGUCAACUGGAUAUGGCGGGGAAAAUGAAGGAGAUAAGAGUGGAUCCAAAAGUGGAUUUGGUUCCGGAGAUUUUGAGUGGCCAUCAUCAGGAAAGCAAGAAAACAUUGUCGGGUGAAUUUGAUUAAAUGAUGUA